UAAAACGGAACAAAAAAAAAACCAGGCAGCCUCUACGAGACUACAAAGAUUUAAAGAAAAGAAAGCAAUGGAGGAGAGAAAUUGUGAUAGAAUCCCUUUGAUCAAUCCAUCAACAUUGACAUCAUCACAAGGAACUGCUUCCAAACUUCAAACUAUAGGGAACAUCUUAGUUUCAAUAGUUGGAACCGGGGUUUUAGGCCUUCCUUAUUCUUUUCGAGUCGCCGGUUGGCUUGCCGGAUCACUCGGUGCCAUCAUUGUUGGUUCGGCUACUUUCUACUGCAUGCUCCUUCUUAUUGAGUGCAGGCAUAAAUUAGCAUCAGAAGAAGAAUUAAAGGGAACAACAACGUAUGGAGAUUUGGGUUUCAGGUGCUUAGGAAAACCAGGGCGUUACCUGACAGAAUUUCUCAUAUGCAUCUCCCAAUGUGGAGGAUCAGUAGCAUACUUGGUAUUCAUAGGUCAAAACGUGGCAUCCAUAUUCAAACUCAAUGGCCUCACUUUUGCUUCUGACAUAUUCUUGUUAGUCCCUAUUGAAAUUGCAUUGUCAUGGAUCAGAUCCCUCUCGACUUUUGCACCCUUCAGCAUUUUCGCUGAUGUAUGCAACCUGUUGGCGAUGGGGUUUGUUGCUAAAGAAGACAUACAACAGGCAAUUAGGGGAGAUUUUUCAUUUAGAGAUAGGAAAAUGUUCAACUUGGGAGGGUUGCCAUUUGCAGGGGGGACGGCAGUGUUCUGUUUCGAAGGGUUCGGAAUGACAUUGGCUCUUGAGCAAUCCAUGAGAGAGAGGAAAGCAUUCCCUAAGGUAUUGGCCAUUUCUUUUGCAUGGAUCACACUUGUGUAUAUUUUGUUUGGGACUUUUGGGUACAUGGCUUAUGGCGAUGACACAAAAGAUAUCAUUACACUAAAUCUUCCCAAAAAUUGGACAGCCAUUGCAGUACAGAUUGGCAUGUGCAUGGGGCUAAUAUUUACAUUCCCAAUAAUGGUUCAUCCUGUUUGUGAAAUCAUUGAAGGGAAGUUGAAUAGAAGAUUUUGGUUUCAAAAGCUUCACAACAAUGAUGCUGAAAGUUCGAUUACAAGAUCAGGGAAGUUCGGAAUAUACAUCGGUCGAGCAGUUCUGGUGAUCGGAUUGGCAGUGUUGGCGUCAUUCGUCCCUGGUUUUGGUGUUCUAGUCUCACUCGUUGGGAGUAGUGUAUGUGCAUUGAUCUCUUUUGUAUUGCCAGCCUCAUUUCACCUAACCUUGUUAGGUUCAUCUCUGAGUUACUGGCAGAAAAGUUUGGAUGUUUUCAUUUUGUUGUGUGGACUGUUUUUUGCAGUUUAUGGUACAUAUACCACCAUAGUUGAAGUCUGAAACAG